GUGCCGGUCCAGUUAGCCAAAGGCGGAAAAAGCAGAGAGAGACCGUAGGGUUCAAAAUAAGACGCAGGAACUGGGUUGGAGCCUCUGAGGAAAGCGGGAACCUUCAGGGCAGUUGGUCUCCUGUCAUUGCUGAGCCUCACUGUGCUUAACGGUGAUAAAGGGAGUUAGGGAUUCGGAAUUCCAUUCUAGGAAUUAGGGGCUUCCUGGCCCACGUGCCGCUGGGUUCGGCUGCGCUUAUUUGGUAGAGGAGGUGGUUCGAAACCAGCACCGUUCCCGCUUCGGAUGGAGCAUCUACCGGAAGCCAGAGUGGCUGGGGAGAAUCUGCAGUGGGUUUACUAAGCCCUCCUCAGCGGAAACAGGAUUCAGAGGAAGGCGACGCUGCUGUUGGCUGGAGUCAAAGGAGUUGAUCGCUGGGUGAACAGAACAGAUCAAUCGAUACGCCCAGUAGUUUGAGGGCAGACAUGGAAAAAGGUGGUCCGCAUCCCUUCGAGCUGCUGAACGUGUCAGACGACCGGGAUGAAGAGGAUGGCGGCAGCUUGAACCAUUCUGAGGCCGCCCGUCCCGUCUCCCCUCAGCCCUGCCACUGCUUGAGGCCGCUGCCCAGGUCCGGCUGGGAGUUGGGUUCCAGACCUCGCUGGGAGGCAUGGCUGAGCCGCUGGGAUACGAGGCGGAACUCCAGCACACGGUCUGGGGGGCCCACUCCCUCGCGGGGCCACGCCGCCCCGCCGCGGGCUUGGAGGUGAAGCUCGGCUCGCUGGCGCUUCUCCUGCUGGUCACCCUCGUGUGCGGCUUCCUUCCGCUGUGGAUUUUCCGUCGGCCCGGCGCUUCCGUCAGCUCCUCGGCCGCCCGGAGGAAAUGUUUAAGCCUGGUGAGCUGUUUCGCUGGUGGCGUCUUCUUGGCUACUUGCCUCCUGGACUUGAUUCCUGAUUAUCUCGCCAGCAUGAACAAGGCCCUUGAUGACCUUAGAGUCACGCUCCACUUCCCCUUGCAGGAGUUCAUCCUGGCGAUGGGCUUCUUCCUGGUCCUCAUCCUGGAGCAGAUCGUGCUGGCCUACAGGGACCCGCUGGGCUCGCUGGAAGAGACGGAGGCCCUCCUCGGCACGGCCUCGCGCGCCUCCCCCACGGUCCAGGAGCACGGCUGGCCCGACGGACCGCUGCCCCGCCAGCCGCCCCCGCUGCCCCGGGAGCAGCCCCACGUCCACGUGGACUUCAACGCCCACUCGGCCGUCCGCUCGGUGGUGCUGCUGCUGGCCCUGGCGUUGCACUCCGUCUCCGAGGGGCUGGCGGUGGGGCUGCAGGAGGACGGGGCUCAGGCGCUGGAGAUCUGCCUGGCGCUGCUGAUCCACAAGGGCGCCGUCGCCUUCAGCCUCAGCCUCAAGCUGCUGCAGGGCCGCCUCCGGCCGCGGGCCGUGGCCGCCUGCCUGGUCCUCUUCGCCGUCAUGUCCCCGCUGGGCAUCGGGCUGGGCGUGCUGCUGACGGAGCGCCCUGCGGCCCCCUUGCCUCACCUCUCCCGCUGCGUGCUGGAGGGGCUGGCCACCGGCACCUUUGUCUACAUCACCUUCCUGGAGAUCUUGCCCCACGAGCUCAGCUCCUCCGAGCAGCGCAUCCUCAAGGUCAUCGUCCUCCUGGUUGGCUUCGCGCUCGUCACCAGCAUCUUGUUCGUCAAGAUCUGAAAGGAAGGGGCCGGUGUGUGUGAGCACCGAGUGGGCAGCAGGGGCACCCCUGCCUCUGUGCCCUUGGGGCUGGGAGGGUGGUUUCUUGGCAUGGGGAAGAGGAAGGGGGGCCCCAGAGUCACCCACAGGUGAAAAAGCCCCCCCCCCCAAAAGCACUGCUUCAUUCUGCCCUCGUUAUGGUGGGGUGGGCUUUCCCCUGCAUCGGGCUCCCCCAGCCUGGUGCCUCCACCUGGCCUACAACACCCACCUCGGCCCUGCUGGUUGAGGAUGCCCGUUUGGGCAAGACGCUCCCACAGGCAUUUUUCCUCCUGUCCAAUUGGUUCUCCUUCUAGAGUUCUCAGACUUUAAACUGAAAGCAAGGUUUGGGAGGGAGAGACGGCAUCAUUCUCCUCUAGAAACAUGGCUUGAUUGUUUGAGAGCCGAGUUCUGCUGGUGCUGGUAGCCCUCUCAGUUGUAAGCGGCAGUCGAGGAUCCCACAGUCUCGGGGUGCCUUCCCAGCUGUGGUCGAGGCCCAGAUAUAUCGGCCGGUGCUGGAAGAACCCACUGGAAGAACCCACUGGGCCUGGAAGAACCCACUGGAGAUACUGUCGGCUCACCUCUCGUGCAACGAAUGCAUUUCUAGCCAUGAAAGACAUUUUGGCAGAGGCUGAAGAAAUAAUUUGACAGCCCCUUGCUGGGUUUAGGAUUAAGUAAGGCUCCGGUUUUGAGAAUGGCAGGUGGGAUUAUCGUCUUCAUGUUUACAGAGCAAUAGCCGUUCAGCCCCCGGUGUGAAAUUUGCUUCCCUGUGCCACAGUGCUGCUUCAACCAGCCUCCUGGACGGCAGCCCCCGGGUCUUAAUGCCACUGGUGCCUUGGAGGUCUUAGAAGGGCUUGGUUCCACUUCUCUGCAUCUGUGUAGAUUGCAGAAAUACCUCCCAUAGGAAUACUUCCAGAUUUAAGACGCUCCUUUCCCGACAACCUGGCUCUUUGUAUGCAGUGGAGCCUUCUGUUUUCUGGGGUGCUCUCCUUCUCUGUGUUAAGUGCCAUGCAGUUUCUCUGCCUCGCUUGAGCCUUCUUUGAGGGGGAUGCUGUGGGGUUUGCCGAGUGAGUUCCCCCAUGGCAUGCCUGGCAUCGAGCGACGGCUUUUGGGGGAGGGCCGCCACUGAUCAAGCAGUGCAGAUGGAACUGUUGCCCCGGCCACGCCCCAUUUUUUCUGUGGUGGCAAUUUGCACGUUCGAUCAAGAGACUGGCAGGCAUGCGCAUAGCUGUUGAGUGACGGACACAUCGGCCUGAACCUUGGAAGAAAAGAGGGAUUGACUUUUGGCUGUCGCACAGCAGUCUGAGAAGGAAACAUCAGAAUUGUGCCCGUCAUCAAACUGACUUCUGUUGCAGAAAUUAAAAGCUGAUUUUACUUUGAAUUACACAAAAGGCUUCGUCAAGCUGAAUUCAGAGAUGGAGAUCUUGGACUCAAGAGUAACGUUGCAUCUGUGAAUGGAAGACUCAGCUCUUGGGCCUUGUGUACAUAGGUCUAACAGUAGUAGUAGCACAAACCACAGUUCUGUCGCUUCAACCGUGGUUCUGUUCUUCCCAUAACCCAGCAAUGUACGGUGAAACCAUGGUUUAGCUUUUGCGGCAAAGUCCCGCCCACAGAAGUCCUGGGCAGGAAGGCAGAGGCAAGACCUGUAGCUGCUUUGCAAGCAGGGUUCCUAAGGGAGCAGAGCAGCUGUCUCAACCAUGGCUUGUACAGUCCAGAAGCAACAGUUAACCAUGGUUUAGGUAAGCCAUGCUUGACGCAUUCACAUCAAACUCUGGGUGGAAUCCUGGUUUUCAGCAUGGCUAAUGUCAGCCUUUCUAAUUGGACUCCGUAAGUAACCAUCAUCUCUCGCCUGAACUAUGGUUUAUGGAAGCCAUGCGUUGCACAUCAGUAUCAACCAGGGUUUAAAGCUAGGUUUGCAGCCAAACCUUAAGUAUGGUCUAAUAGGUUAGGAGAAAGUAAAAGGUAGUCCUUGGAAAAUCUAAGGCUCAGUGGCUGGUUUAGCCCAACUUGAGUGGUGGGGCGGUCUUCCAGAUGUUGCUGGACUGUAACUGCCAUCAGCCAAAGGCAGUGAUGAUGGAGCUCUUUGCUAUGUGAAGCUGUUUAACAGGAAAUGCCUGGAGCGGAGUGGACCUGGGACUUUCUGCAUGCAAAGAGUUACUGUCUCCGUAUUAAGCUGCAGCCUUUAGUGCCGGGGUGGCCUGCUCUGAACCUUCUGGAACACCCCAGAGGUCACAGCACCGCUGUGUCUUGCAAAACAUCCGCGAGUGGCUUAGAAGGGCCGGCUUUUGAAGCUAAAUGUGGCUUCUUUAGGCCGCGAUUGAGGCUCGCUGCUGAGAUGGGGCGGCAAGCCACCAAUGUUGUUGCUGGCCCAAAUUUUCCAGCGGCAGGGGCCAUACUUGGGCGGGGGGGGGGGGCAGUGGCCCUAGGCAGGCUGUGAGUUGCCCCUCUGUUUUAGCACAUCCCACACACUGAAUGAAGGAAAGCCAGUCUUUCCUUCUGGGUCUGCCAGCAUGUUAUUUUACAGGCAGCUAACGGGUGUGUUGGGUGCCCACCAGCUCUUCUGUGGUGCUUCUGCAGCGAUCAAGGACUGGGGCAGGACCUGAAGGGAAGAGGGCAGAAUGCCCAAGUGGAAUCUUUCUCAAGAAAGAGAAAGAUUAUCUUCUCAAGCAUAAAACAGCCACUUUUCACUGAAAGUUUGGCUGUGUAUCAGCCCAUCAUUUCUGAUAGUGCCAGGCAUUUCUGAAUGUUGGGUUUCAGCAGUAACUGACUAGAAAACAGCCUUUGUUCUUACAGACCAUUUCCUGUCUCAGGCUGGCUGGCAACACGUAAGACGCCCCCAGCACCAGUAAUUUUUGCAUGUUGCUUGGAUGGAAAAUACUUAUAGUUCCUUACCAGCUCUUUAUGUUGCCUGGCAUUUAAUUUAUUGAUGUUUAUCAGUGGUUUCUUUCUUCUAUUAAAUAUUUUUCUCUACUGGGCAUCCUUUUUAUGCAGGCUUGGCUGUUACAGAAUGCCUGAGUGUUGUGCAGCAAGGUUUUUUUUUAAAGGGUGGAGAAAUAUUGUAAACCACAGCUAGGCAACCUGGAACCGCUCCAGACGUUUUGGAUUGCAGCACCCAAAACCCAUUUUUGACUGGGUCUAAUGGGAGUUGUAGUCUGCAACAUCUGAGUAGCAGGUUUCCUUACCCCUGUUGGCAAUGGGGCGCAGCGUGGGCCCAGGACGGCCUUCCUCAUGUUGGUGCCUGCUAGAUGCAUUCGACUGCAGUGCUCAUCAUCCUUGACCAUCCCCCCCCCCCCCCCCCCCCCCCCCCCCCCUCCCCCCGUGGCUGCUUGUUUUCUAACUUCUGCCACAAUCUGACUUUUGACUAAGAAAUUCUGUAGGGGCAAUCCCAUGCAUGUUCCAACCGAAAAACUCUUGCAGUGCCCAGGACUUCUGCCUGUCUAAACAUGCGCAGAGUUGCACCUUAAAGAACCCUAAGAGUUAGCUAGAAAGAGCAGUGUUUUCCUUUUCAACCACUCGGCAUACGGGUUGUGUUUAGAGGAUAUCGUUAGUGUGAUCUUCCACAGGAUUUCACUGUCCGGGAGAUGCUGGGGGUUGUAGUCCCAGCACAUCAGGGUGGUACCAGGGAUGGGGAAAGCUUGCCUGCAAGAAUGGGGGAGGGCUUGUGGUUCGCCUGGGCUAUUUGAUUUUGUCUCCGUGGCUUCCCUUCCGUGGUGAGCAAAGCUGCUCGUCUGAGCUUGGCGUGCCUUUUGGGGAUGCUUGCUCGGUGUUUAAGACGGGGGCGUUAGGGAGGAGGCAGGAGGCACAUCAGCUGGCUGAAAACUUGCCUUUGCACGAAAGGAAGCUUUCCGCCUCGCGUGCGCCGUGCGCCUUUCUUGCCAAACAGAACAUGAUUGUCUUUUACUGUGCCAAAUUGCUAAUGGGAUGAGAAUAAAGCAACCAGAUAAACAGCUUUGGCUCCAUGCCGUGCGUGUUUUUUCUGCAGUGGUGUGCUCAUUAAAAAGAAAAAUGUGUGGAAUUUUCUCUCUUAAACAAGUUUAUUAAUGUGUCUUGAGAAUGGAAAUAUCUACAAAGCAGUAUCAUGCUGUGUGUGUGAGUGUGUGUGUGUCUUUGUACAGCUUAAAAGGAUGACAUGUUUUAAAAUAAAGCAUAAAGAAUUGGCAAUAAAAUAUUA